CUUGCUGGCAGGUGUCUGCCUUCUCAAAGGCCCCACAGUCCUCUACUUCCUGAGGAGGCAGCAGCACAAAGCAGAGACACCGUCUCUCUUCUGGGUCCCAGCCAUGGCUGCCACAGCCUCGGCCUCCUGGUGCCACCCUGGGGGAAAGGACAAGGUGAUGUGGAAGGUGCUUGUCAUCAUGGCCCUGCUGCAGGCACAGCUCCCAGGAACAGAGGCGCAGAGUUUUGGCCUGCUGGAUCCCAAACUGUGCUACCUGGUGGACGGAAUCCUUUUCAUCUAUGGCGUCAUUAUCACUGCCCUGUUCCUGCGAGCAAAGUUCGGCAGGAGCGCGGCCGCCCCCGCGAGCCAGCAGGGCGCCAACCAGCUCUACAACGAGCUCAAUCUGGGAGGAAGACAGGAGUAUGAAGUUUUGGACAAGAGACGAGGCCUGGACCCUGAGAUGGGAGGAAAGCAGCAGAGGAGGAGGAAUCCUCCGGAAGUCGUGUACAAUGCGCUGCAAAAAGACAAGAUGGCGGAGGCCUACAGUGAGAUUGGGAUAAAAGGCGACAACCAGCGGCGGAGAGGGAAGGGACAUGAUGGCCUCUACCAGGGGCUCAGCACGGCCACCAAGGACACCUAUGAUGCCCUCCACAUGCAGACCCUGCCCCCUCGCUAAGAGCACCGGGCAUUUCGCCAAUCACAGGCCAGACCUGAAGACACCCAGAUUGUGAAAGACACAGGAUAAAGCGUUUAUAACCCAGUUCACUCGUAUUUCUUCACCACCCAAGUAUUCCUUUUCAAGAAUAGGACGCUUCGCGUUGUAA